UCUCGAACCAUCUCCCCCAUCCCCCCCAGCAGACCUUCCCAUCACUGCUCCUCCGCAGCCUGAUGCUAGCCUCCUCUGCUGACCUCCUCUGCAGACCUGAAGCAUGAUACUGAACCUUCUGACAUAAACUCUCCUCCCACUAUGGUUAGAGAGCUUUGAAUCGACCGCAUUUGUCGCGUCGGUAUGACUUCCUCCUCGCUGCUUCAGCUCGCUUCGCCUCCCAGCCCCCUCCCUCUCGCUUACGACGUCCGUCCGACCUCCCUGCGAGGCGGCAACGACUUCUGGGCCUUUUUCCAGCAGCAGCAGGAUAAGCUGGAAGAAACAACUCGCCAUAGUUUCUCCGACCAAUCAGAGGCUUCCGCGUGUUCCGAACUGCGCGAGGAUCCCGAGGGCCGCGAGGCGAAUGCGGACCCUCGGGUAGACGAGGACGGUCGCGAGGCCAAUGCGGGCGGUGUCAGAAAUAGUGACGGAGGAGUAACGGUAGUUAAGACGUCCUCCAGUACAGUUAGUCCUCAGGGGUUUCUUCAGCAGCAAUUGUCGCUGCCGGAGCGGAGAUCGUUAGGGCCGCCGGUGCAGGGCUCGUAUCUGUCGAAACGCGAAGACGAUAAGGGGAAGAAGCCGUUAUUUUCCUUCGGGGUUAUCACCGAUGUUCAAUACGCCGAUAUCAACGACGGUCACUCCUUCCUUGGAAUCCCAAGGUUUUACCGCCAUAGCCUCGAAGUGGUGAAGCAGGCGGUUGAGGAUUGGAACCAGUCGGCGCGGCCAAUGUCGUUUGCCGUACAUUUCGGCGACAUUGUUGAUGGCUUCUGCCCGAGAGACAGAUCCGUCGAAGCCGUCAACACGGUGCUGGACGCACUUGCAGGUUUCACAGCCGGACCCACGUACCAUAUGAUCGGUAACCACUGCCUGUACAAUCUGCCUCGUCUGACGCUCAAUAAGAUGCUCGCCAUCCCCACCGCCGCUGACAACCGCUCCUACUACGACUUCUCGCCCUACCCUAACUUCAGGCUCGUAGUACUCGAUUCGUACGACGUGAGUCUGCUGGGGUGGCCAGAGGACCAUCCGCAUGCAGUGAGGGCGAGGGAGGUGCUGGAGAGAGAGAACCCCAACGACGAGAAGAACAGCCCCGAGGGGCUUGAAGGGUUAAACAGGCGGUUUGUCAAGUUCAAUGGAGGCGUGGGGGACGAGCAGCUUAGGUGGCUCGAAGGCGUUCUCGCAGAAUGUGAUGCCCUGGGAGAGACGGUGGUGCUGUGCUGCCAUCAACCCAUUGAGCCCACCGCUCUGCCCACCGCCACCUGCCUCGUCUGGAACUACGACAAGGUGCUGGCCACCAUCCACAGGCACGAGUGUGUGGCAGCGGUAAUAGCCGGGCACGCGCACUUUGGAGCAUACGCCCUUGAUGCCAAGGGCAUCCACCACCGCAUUCUGGAGGGCGCCGUGGAAUGCCCCCCCGGCACGGUGGCAUUCGGCCACAUCGACGUGUACCAGGACCGCCUGUGCAUCAUUGGGAAGGACCGCAUGCUGUGCACUGAAAUGAGGUUCCCUCCUCGGUCUGGCCACUCCACUCUGUAGCGUCUGCCUUCCUCCCCUCACCACCAUUCUGCCAGGCGCUGUGGCAUCCCACACACCUCCCCGGCACAGUAGCCUUCAGGCGGAUUGGACCGCUUGUGCAUCAUUGGCAAAUACUGCAUGCUGUGGAACCUAACUGAGGUUCCUUCCUGCCUUGCCCCUCCUAGAAUCAGCUCAGGAGGGUUUUUGCCUCCAAAUCUUUUAGGUUGACUGGGUCUGUCAUGCAUGCCUAAAAAGUGUACCGGUAAUCCGUACGCGAGCACUGUGAUCUGCCACUUUUUGGAGUGCUGUGGUAAUGUCAUAUGUUCCAGCAGGUCUGUCACAAAUCUCGCCAUGUUCGGCACCUGUAUUCUUUGUAUAUACAUAAACAGCCUUUUGUCAAGAUUAUAUAAGUAAUAUAUA